AUGACCAACGAAGGAAGAGUAGAAUGGGUCUAUGGAGAUGGCUACAUGCAUAACUUGAAAAUCGUCAACAACCAAGUCUCGUCUCUCAGGUUUGUCGGAAACCAAAACAACUGGAAAGCGGAUUCGAUCACGCUUUUCCAGUUCGAUAUUUUCCUCGGGCUCGGAUACUACGAUUGGACGGACAACACCCAAGUGCCAAGCGGGAUGUCCGCGGUGGGGUCCCUCAUCAUCACGGGCCAAAAUUAUUGGACCGUCUACACGUCCACGAACUUCAGCGGGAACCGAGCCUGCAUCCGGGUCCAGCCGGGACAGUACGUGGGAUUCGCUCAGAAUCUGGACGAUUACGGCAUUUUUACGGUCAGGUCCUACCGGCGAGGGUGCUACGUCGACAAGAAGAUCACUCUCAACUCAGAUCAACACGGCUUCGCUGUCACGGCCCAGGAAUAAGUCGGCCACUCGCCUAUCACAACAUAAAUAAAGUUGUGGAGCCUUGCA